GGAGAGCGCUCGUUGUCCAACUAUCCUCCUUCGAUCUACUCCAACCACAUCGCUGGAGAUUGACCAACAUGAGCUCUCUCAACCCCCCAAAGACGUCAGAGCAACUCAUCGUCUCGUUCCCCGCCGAACAUGUCCUGCUUCUCACGUUUAACCGCCCAAGGCAGUUGAACGCUAUGACGCCACAAAUGGAUGAAGACCUGCGAAGAGUGCUGAAUUGGUUCGAGGAGGAGCCAUCGCUGUGGGUCGUCAUAGUGACUGGAGCAGGUCGACUGUUCUGUGCGGGAGCCGAUUUGAAGGCAUGGAAUAACGACCAACAGAGCGGUACUGUCGACGAGCAGGAACGGGUGUUGAACAACCCCUAUGGCUUUGGUUCCAUCUCUCGUCGCCAGUCGAAGAAGCCUUUCAUUGCCGCGGUGAACGGCGGCGCUUAUGGUGGAGGCAUGGAGAUGAUUUUGAACUGCGACUAUGUCAUUGCCGCUGAGAACGCCAAGUUCGCGCUCCCUGAAGUUAAGCGCGGGGUUAUUGCAAUCCAAGGAGGGAUUCCUCGUUUGACCCAAAUCGCGGGACACCAGCUUGCUUCCGAGUUGCUGUUAUUGGGCAAGACGAUCAGCGCCCCCGAGGCCCAAGGUCGUUUUGGAUUCGUCAAUCAGGUCGUACCAGCGUCAGAGCUCCUGCCAGCGGCUGUAGCCGUUGCUAAACAGAUCCUUGAAAACUCGCCGGAUGCAGUCCAAGCGACCAAGCGUGCUCUCCUGCUGUCGCAAGAGUUUGGCCAUUCAGUCAUGCUCCCACACCAUGUCUUGGGCCCCGAGAGCAAGGCGACGUAUACAGGCCAGAACAUCAAGGAGGGUUUGAAGGCUUUCAGCGAAAAACGCGCGCCGCAAUGGAAGAACCCGGCGAAGCUGUAA